AGCCUGAUGGGAAUGAGGUCUAGUACACAGGCAAUAAAUAUUCAUUUAACUAGGAAGUCACUACUGCUAAAGCAAUAAUCUUUCUUAAAUAGGCUAUAUAAGCCAAGUGUAAACAGAAAACGUAACGAUAAAAUAUAAAAAAAAACUGCUCCAAAAUCUGGUUUAAAGAGAUAUAAAGUCAUUUCGAAAAAAAAAUGUCAGGAGGAACGCGGUGUGUCCAGGUGAAGUUUCUAUACGGACGGUCUAUGGUGUAACGCAGUGGAGUUUAAAAGCCUGCAGCAGGAGUCAUGGCUCAGGUUUGGAGAGAUGUAAUGGCAGUGCUGCCUGCCACUGAAACAGAGUUCCCCCUUGUGUUCAGUGAAGUAGUUGAAGCAAGUGUACUGACCAUGUUAGAGCUCAGCAGGAAGGAGCUGUACAGCUCAUUAAACCCAUCUUGUAUUGAAAAAGCCCAGGUUAUUAUUGAUUACUCCUGGGAGAAGCUCAACACAGGGACAUGGCGAGAUGUGGACAAGCAGUGGAGACGUGUCUACUCCUAUGGUUGCUUGUUUAAAGUUGCAGCAAUGUGCCAAGGAGAAGCAUCACAAGACAAAGUCCUGGAUGCCAUUAAGACAUGUGACAUGGGAUUGAUCAUGGGCGCGUCCAUAAUGGACAAUAUUUUGCAAAGACUCAUGGUGGUUCUGAAAAAUAAAGUGAAGAAUCCUGAAAGACUAGGGGACACUGAACAGCCUCGUCCAAAGAAACCUAGGAAAGAGAUUAUCCUGAAGCCUAUAAUAAACCCUGCACUAUUCGUGCCAAGGGUUCGAUGCCCAGCUCUAGAAAGUUUCCGGGCAGAAUUUCUGGAGCCCAAAGUACCAGUCAUACUAGAGGGAACAAUUGACCACUGGCCGGCCAUCAGGGAGCACAUCUGGAGUAUAGAGUAUUUGCGAGCAGUAGCAGGCUGCCGGACGGUUCCUGUCGAGCUCGGGUCCAGGUACACUGAUGAAGAGUGGUCACAGAAGCUCCUUACAGUGAAUGAGUUCAUCGACCGUUACAUUGUGGGCCAAGGAGAAGAAGCUGCUACAGGAUACCUGGCUCAGCAUCAGCUUUUUGAUCAGGUGCCGGAGUUAAAAGGAGACAUCUGUAUCCCUGACUACUGUUGCCUUGGUGAAGGAGAUGAAGAUGACAUCACAAUUAAUGCGUGGUUUGGUCCAGGAGGAACCGUCUCUCCUCUGCAUCAGGAUCCCGAGCAAAACUUUCUGGCUCAGGUGGUUGGGAGAAAGUACAUUCGUCUGUAUAGUCCAGAGGAAACAGAAAAGCUUUACCCACAUGAGUCUGAGCUUCUGCACAACACUAGUCAGGUGGAUGUUGAAAAUCCAGAUGUGGACCAGUUCCCAGACUUCCUCAAAGCCACCUACCAGGAGUGUGUGCUUGAGCCUGGUGAUGUCUUAUUUAUUCCCAAACAGCACUGGCAUUACGUCCGCUCUUUAGAGCUCAGCUUCUCUGUUAGCUUUUGGUGGUCAUGAUUUCUAAACCACCAUAAAAGAUUUGGAAUGUUAUAAUAAAUUAUUGUCAUUUUUA